AUGCAACCACAAACAAGAACCAAUGUCGGUGCCGAGACAUCGACGGGACGGUCUCAGAUUAACGCAACAUAUGUUCUCAGCCAUAUGAAUGACUUUUCCCGAGAUUUCAAGAGGCCGGUUUCCAAGACGACAACUCCACAACCAUUUUUAGGAAUUGCUCCUGUGGUAUAUGACGUUUAUUAUCCGGUGAUACAUUACCCUCCCCAAUGGAUAGGAGAUGAAAGGGAACUUCGGAAACGCAAAGUGAACACAGAGCAACGUCAGUCACAAAGGGAGCUAUCAAACGUCGUUGGACACACGAAUAAACUUGCGAAUAGCUUUAUGAAACUCGAAACAGGGCUUCUCAACUUGCGUUUCGACAAAAAAGGGUCAGUACCAUUGAUCAAGCAAUUAGCUGCAGGUCAAAGAAUUGCAUUGCGAAUUUAUCUACAGAAGUAAGUAGAAACAUCUUCGUCCCUAAACAAUAUUGAUAAAAAGUUUCAGCGAAAUCACAAAACAAGCAGCCGAUUUGGGGCUGGUGAAACUCGGUGAAUGCGAAACUUUGGCUAUAAGAGAUGUGGUGAAGAGCAUGGUUGACCGUCGCCGAACAAUUACUCAAGCAGAGAGCAAUGUAUUUGCAGACGAGAUAUUUGAGGACGAGGUCGAAUUCGAUAAUAGGGAUGAAUCCGGAGAGGCACAUAUAGAGCCAUAUUUAAAGAGAAGUGAAGAGAUACGCAACGAGAGUAAGCUCCUUCACAUAUGUGAGUGUCAGAUUACGCUAAUUCAAUGCAGUCUCCGAUCUGAUUUGGAAUCUACAAUUCGAUCAUACUUUCGCGAGAACUAUGUCCCAUCUCCUUCCUUUGAAUUACGACUCAUGGAAAGAGAAGAUUAUAACGCCGACAAAUAUACGAAAGAGAAGGCGUAUGAGGAGAAUAAAACGAGUUGAAAGUGCAGGUAGACAGCACUAGGUUGAACUCAAAUAAUCUGAUGCCAGUAAAAGGCUGACUGUGACCAGUCGUCAUCCUCAGUGUUUUUGGGGUACAGGAUCCAUUCCUAUCAAAUAGUCCAUCAUUGCUAACACUUAUACCCUUAUAAAAGAUAUCGAUAUCAGAAAAACUAUCUCUGAUUACCUUGUCAAUCUCAAUUGGACACUCGAAACAAAUGAAGAAGGGAUUGUCUGUCUUCGUCAAACUUUUCCACCAGAUAUCCGUUCAUUUUCAGCACACAUCGCUAGCACUACCUUAACAGAUUUGGACAUCAUCACUUUCUGUGGCUCUCGAGGCUACUUACCAACCGCAACCGCUGCCGGCAUCGUUCAGGGCUGGAACCAUAUAGAUCCAAAUGUUGACAUGUCUAUCCAAGGUUGUCUCCCUGUCACACAACACAUUGCUUCCACUCAGAAUGCAUAUGGUGCCUGGGAGAUGCCUAGAGAUGCCAUUGUUGCUCCACCCCCCAGGCCAGCUUUCGACCACCCACUUCCUUACACUCUAUCUGCACCACCACCAGGUGCACCACUGCCCACUAGCACACUGCCACCACCACCUCCUUGGUCCACUGGUAUGAUGGCUGGCUACUGGAGUCAGGACAACGAGUCUAUUGAGGUCAAUAGACUUGUAACCCAAUUCGAUCGAUUCGACCCCACCUCUUUUGGUGAUGCAAACAACCCUUACGUUCCUGGCGUUGUCUUUCGACCAUCAAGUAAGUCAACCUAUUCACCCAUUUGAUUGUGCCACACUAAUUGUUUUAGACUUCAACGAGGCAUUGUCCCGUUCCCACGAUAAUCACUCCCCAGGAUGGAUUUAG